CAAAGUUGCUCUUCGAGGCAACAACGCAAUCGACGGCGGCGAGUAAACAGAGAAAACCAGCCAAAAAUGAAAGAAGAAUAAUUAAUUUGUUUAUUUUCUAUAAAGAAAUAAGAGAACCCCGCGAACAAAAAGCAAAACAGGAACGGUGGAAAAUUCAUUGGUACUUGUCAUUUUGGCAUGGUGACAGAAAGAAAAAUUUCCCACGAAAAAAAACCACAACAAAUUAAAUUCAAAAUUAUUUUAGUUCAUUAAAAAAAAAAAAAAAACUAAAUUAAAUAUCGAUACCUUAACAACAAUGACUUCUUCAAAAAUAAAUGAAACUAAAAAUGCGAGUGAUGAUGGCGCCAGUGAAAAUUUACUUCCAAUUCAAACUUCAAAUGAUUCCACAAAGACAACAAAUGGUAAACUCAAGGCCUUGGAGGAGGCAAUAACAUUUUCAGAGGCUCUAGAAAGGACGGGUUAUGGCAAGUUCAAUUACUUGGUGAUAAUAGUAGCUGGUCUAAUAUUGGCCAAUGUCUUGCUGGAAACAUCGGCAGUGGCUUUUUACAUGCCCGUGGCCCACUGUGAUUUGGAGUUGACAAAUUUUCGCAAAGGUUUGCUGAGUGCCAUUGGUUAUGUGGGCAUGAUAAUCAGUUCACAUUUGUGGGGCUUUUUGGCCGACACCAAGGGAAGGAAGCGUGUUAUUAAGCCCACAUUAAUAGCGGGGUUUGUGGUGACGGUGAUUUCCAGUUUUGCCAUGGACUUUUGGACCAUGUUAUGUCUAAGGUUAAUCAAUGGGAUUUUUGUUUCCGGUGCCUCGGCCACCGUCUAUGCCUACAUCAGUGAAUUCCACACAGAUCGCACACGUUCCAAAGCAAUGAUGAUUGCUUCGUUCAUAUUCGCCAUUGGUGCCAUGUUUAUGCCCUUCCUUUCGUUUGCCGUCAUCAAUCGCGAAUGGAGUCUACCCUUGCCUUUUAUGGGUUUAGUUUACAAGCCAUGGCGUCUAUUUGUCGUUGUAUGUGGCAUCCCUGGCCUCGUGUGUGGCAUUGCCAUGUAUUUCCUGCCGGAAAGUCCCAAAUUUUUACUCUCCAUCAAUAAGCAGGAGGAGACAAAAGAAGUCUUACAAAAAAUGUACAAAGUGAAUGGUGGAAAGGAGAAAUUAGUGAUACCCCACCUUCUAUCCGAAGAAGACACCGAUGAAGAUGUUGAAAGUUCAAAGAAUAAAAAAUCAUACGGCAUAUUGAGCUUCUUACAAACCAUGUGGAAUCAAACGGUGCCGCUAUUCCAAAGAAAAUAUCUACGCUCCACGACAAUUGUGUGUAUAACACAGUUUUGGCUAUAUGUCAUCACGAAUGGUCUGUACAUGUGGUUUCCGUACAUCAUCAAUGCCAUGGGUGAAUUUAUGAAAAAUAAUCCGGGAAAAAAUGAAUAUCUCUGUGAAAUUGUCUACUAUAAAAAUGAGCAUUUGAAUGAGAAUGUAGAUAAUUCGACCAUCAUUGAUUGUCCCGAUAAACUGGAGAAUACCACCUACAUGUAUUCUCUGCUCAUGGAAAUCAUAUAUGUCUCAACAUAUGCCGUUAUAACUGUGAUAAUAAACCGCGUCAGCAAGAAAUGUAUAAUGGUCAUUAUGAUAUUGUCCUGUAGUUCCUGUGGUCUGGCCGCCAUUUGGCUACCCUACACCUCGAUAUCGGCCAUUUUGUAUGUGCUACUUUUUUUGGUGGGUAUAUCCAUUAAUGUUUUGGGUGCGGCUACCGUUGAUUUGUAUCCCACGAAAUUGAGAGCCAUGGCCAUGUGUGUCUCCCUGAUGAUGGGCCGCAUCGGCAGUGUCGUCGGUACGAAUAUUGUGGGUGCCUUGAUUGCCGAUAGCUGUGAAAUGACUUUUUACAUAUCCUGCUUUGCCAUGCUAUCCUGUGCUAUUUUAAUUCUAUUUUUACCACGAAGUAUUACAACAGAAACUACAGCAACAACAAAAGCGACUACCCAAGAAAAUCCCUAAGGGAUAAUUUUUUCCUAAAUAUUUUAAAAAAACACAACAAUGGGCGAGUUAGGUUACAAAUCUUCUCACUUGGAUACUUAAAAAAAAUCAGUGAUAUUUGGCCUCAAUAUACUAUAAUUAGUUAGUUCUUUUUUUACAUAAAUGAAUAUAUUUUUUCAUAGCUAUUACGAGUAGAAUAUGAA